CGCUUUUUCUAAUGCUUAGCUUAGUUGAAUGCACCUGUAACGUUUGAUACCAGUGUGUGUGUGCCUGUGUUACCGUUAUAGCUUCAUAAAGCUGGUGUAUCUCCUUCGGUGGAGUCACUUGGCUCUCCUCCUCUUCGCUCUUCACAGCAGCAGUGAGAAGAGAGGCCGUGUGAGCUGUCAGCGAGGCCCUGGCUCCCAUCACAGCCUUUCAUUGGUGCUGACGGGGAACUCGGUGCAAGGGAGCACCACCUAUACCACCUAAUGAGAAGCACAAGACACAUGUCCCCGGCAGGAGGUUACUCCAGGCUGUUCUCUGAGGACCUCCUCGGAGAACAUCUGAGACACAUCAGGACUCUAGAGGCCCGGCAGAUGUGGAUUCUUCCCCUGAGCUUUUAAGAAGUCACUGUGUGAAGCCACAGAUCUGUUAUGUUGAUCAGAUCUGGUUCUGGGCUCUCAACAUAUAGGAUCUAGAUCUUUAGACCUGCAGAAUUGUCCACUUGAUGAAAUCCUGGAGCAUGAGGGUGAGCCGUGCGCUGCAGUUGUCCGUUUUGUUGGUGGGACUCUGUCGGGCCCACCGUGCCUCUCCUCCAGGUGGUCCCUCUGCAUCACAGGAGGCUGGUGAGGUCCCCGUGGCCCAGCUGAGGAUGCUCUCGCUGGGACUGGCUCACCUGCUGCAGGGGGUGGCAGAGAACGCCGAGCAGCUGGAGCAGCGGGGAGAUCAGGUGGCAGCAGAGCUGGACGGAACCACAAAGAAUCUGGAGGGCCUUCGUAAGCAGAGUUUACAGGCAGGACGGACUCACAAGCAGGUGAGGCAGGAGCUGCAGAUAAUGAGUGCCAGGGGGGACAGGCUGUGGAGGGCGGCCAGAGAUCUGCAGAAGGUGCUGGAGGAUCUGGAGACGGAGCAGGGAGCCAUGCAGCACCGGACGAACCGGAUCCUCCAGAAAGUGAAGAGCCUGACUGAGCCGAGGUCAGGGGGUCAGACUCAGCCCGACAUCAGCUCCAUGAAGGUCAUCAUCGAUAAACAGGCCCGACGGCUCGCCAGUCUGACCUCAGAGGUUUCAGCCCGAGACAGACUGAUUGACAGACGCCUGCGGCACAUUGACCACCUGGAGAAACAAGUGUCUGAGAGCUUCCCAGCAGCACUGAGGGCAGAUUCAGACUCCGACUGUGUCUGAUGAGCACAGCUGCAUCAACACAGCCGCUCUGAAGCAAUCCACUCGCAAGCUGCCAUGAAAACGUGAAGCUGGUCUGAAACCCACAAAAGGAUGUGUCGCAAUCAACAAAUGUGCGUGUAAUUUAGAUAAAUACACAUUUGGGUUAUUCUCCAACACAAACUGUCACUUACAACAGAAAACUGUAUUAUAGGUUGUGUUGAAAGCGAUUGUCAAUGUGUGUUGUCCUCCACAAAACAGGCCUCUGGUUAAAAAAUAAAACUUUCAUGUUCUUGAGUCA